CAGGGACGGCUGCUGCAGGCUCGGGAUCGCCAGGCCUGCGCGUGGGUUUUCGAGGGCGCUCUCUGCGCUGGGCGCUGGGGAGCUACGGCAGCGAAGGGGAGGAGGAGGAGAGGAACGCACAGAAGCCAAACGAGUGAAGGUAGCAAAGCUCCAUCAGUCCGCAGAGAAGCGGAGGAGGGUCGGCAGAGUGAAGGGAGCGGGCGCCUGCUCGCUGGGUGCCCUAUCACCCUAACUGCAGUGCCUUCCAGCAAAAGCCACCGCGGCCCGGGCUGCAGCGGCCAGACGGAUGCCAAGGCCACACGGCAGGCGCGGGGACAGCCGUUGCAGUCGCCAUCCCACGCGGGCUCCGGACAUCAGGGGCUGGUGAUGAAAUGAUUGAGAAGAAACAAUAAACACCAUCAUUGUGUAGACAGGACGACAUGGAUCCGCCGUUAACGGUGAAUUCCCUGAAAAAGUUAGCUGCGAUGCCGGACCACAGGGAUGUUUCCCUCAGCCCGGAAGAGCGAGUCCGCGCCCUCAGCAAGCUGGGCUGUAAUAUCACCAUCAAUGAAGAUAUCACUCCGCGCCGCUACUUUAGAUCCGGAGUAGAAAUGGAGAGGAUGGCGUCCGUGUAUUUGGAAGAAGGAAACUUGGAAAAUGCCUUUGUUCUGUAUAAUAAAUUUAUAACUUUGUUUGUAGAAAAGCUUCCUAACCAUCGAGAUUACCAGCAAUGUGCAGUACCCGAAAAGCAGGAUAUUAUGAAGAAACUGAAGGAGAUUGCAUUCCCAAGGACAGAUGAAUUGAAAAAGGACCUUUUAAAGAAAUAUAACGUAGAAUACCAAGAAUAUUUGCAAAGCGAAAACAAAUAUAAAGCUGAAAUUCUCAAAAAACUGGAGCAUCAGAGAUUGAUAGAGGCAGAAAGGAAGCGGAUCGCUCAGAUGCGCCAGCAGCAGCUAGAAUCGGAGCAGUUCUUGUUUUUCGAAGAUCAGCUCAAGAAGCAAGAAUUAGCCCGGAGUCAGAUGCGAAGCCAGGAACCUCCAGCACAGUCAGAGCAGAUUGAUGGGAGUGCUUUGUCCUGCUUUUCCACACACCAGAACAAUUCCUUGCUGAAUGUAUUUGCAGAUCAGCCUAAUAAAAGUGAUGCAACCAAUUACGCUGGCCACUCACCUCCCGUAAACAGGGCCUUAAAGCCAGCUGCAACUCUAAGUGCUGUUCAGAAUUUAGUGGUUGAAGGACUGAGAUACGUUGUUUUAUCAAGAGAUCUUUGCCACAGAUUUCUGCUCCUGGCAGAAUCUAAUACAGUGAGAGGAAUCGAAACCUGUGGAAUACUCUGUGGGAAACUGACGCAUAAUGAAUUUACUAUUACCCACUUAAUCGUGCCAAAACAGUCUGCGGGACCAGACUACUGCGACGUGGAGAAUGUAGAAGAAUUAUUCAGUGUUCAGGAUCAACACAAUCUCCUCACUCUGGGAUGGAUCCAUACACAUCCAACCCAAACUGCGUUCUUAUCCAGUGUUGAUCUCCACACUCACUGUUCUUAUCAGCUCAUGUUGCCAGAGGCCAUUGCCAUUGUCUGUUCACUGAAGCAUAAAGACACCGGCAUCUUCAGGCUCACGAAUGCUGGCAUGCUUGAGGUUUCCGCUUGUAAAAAGAAGGGCUUUCAUCCACACACCAAGGACCCCAGGCUGUUCAGUAUAUGCAAACAUGUGUUGGUAAAAGACAUAAAAAUAAUCGUACUGGAUCUGAGGUGAUAUGUUCCGAAGAUUAGCACCGUCCACGCCAGACACUUACCCAUGGACCUGUGGUUGCUGGAUUUUCUUAAGAUGUUUCCAGAAAUGACUGACAUUUUAUAUUUAUACAUUUUAGAUCAGAAAGUUUGAUAUUUAUUACUUUUGCACAUUUUGAAGCUUUCUUUUUGGGUUGCUUUGUCUCAAGAGAGGUUACAAUGGAGUUAAAUCAAUACCUAUUAAUG